AUGAAGGUUGACGAGCUCACAGCCCUUGAGGGCCAACUCACGGGAGAUUUCCGCCAAAUCGAACCCCGCCUGCAGGCUCUGGACAAGCACCUGAUUCUGCGUACCUACCUCGACGGAUUCAUCCUGGGAGAUAUCGACACCAAAAUCUGGCAGACGCUCCGUGGCAACCGUGCUGCCGUGUCGUUCAUCGGUCGUGGUAGCUUGGUAAACCUCGCCCGGUGGUACCGGUUCAUUGAGGAAAACCACCCCGAGAUCCAGGCCGAUAUCAAGGCCAAGGAUGCUGCUGCAAAGGCCAAGGUGGCUGCGGCUAGCAAGGCCGGUGCGAGCUACGCUCUUGCCCUACAGAAUGCUGACAAGGGCGUGGUGACUAGAUUCUUGCCCGAGCCCUCGGGCUAUCUGCACAUUGGACACGCCAAGGCGGCGCUUCUGAGCGACUACUUUGCCCACCAAGCAUACAAGGGACAGCUACGCCUCCGCCUCGACGACACCAACCCGUCCAAGGAGAAGCAGGAGUACCAAGAUGCCAUUAUCGAGGACCUAGCCCUCAUGGGUAUCAAGCCCGACGCGCUCUCGUACACCUCCGACUACUUCGACUACCUGUACGACAUGUGCGUGCGGCUGAUCUCGGAGGGCCACGCUUACGCAGACGACACCGACCAGGAGACUAUGCGUGACGAGCGGUUCAAGGGCAUCGCCUCGAAGCGCCGCGACCGGAGCGUCGAGGAGAACCUGCGCAUUUUUGAGGAGAUGAAGCAAGGUUCGCCGGAGGGUCUUCAACACUGCAUGCGCGCCAAGUUGUCGGUCGACAACCCGAACAAGGCCCUGAGAGACCCUGUUAUCUACCGCUGCAACGUCGAGACCCCCCACCACCGCACCGGCACCAAGUGGAAGAUGUACCCGAUGUACGAUUUCGCAUGCCCCGUGGUCGACAGCCACGAGGGGGUCACGCACGCGUUGAGGUCCACCGAGUACACCGACCGGAACCCCCAGUACCAGUGGUUCCUCGACACGCUCAAGCUGCGUCAAGUGUACAUGUGGGAUUUCGCCCGCAUGAACUUCAUCCGCACAUUCCUGUCGAAGCGUAAGUUGGCCAAACUGGUUGACACCGGCAAGGUCUGGGGCUGGGACGACCCGCGCAUGCCGACGAUCCGCGGUGUCCGCCGCCGCGGCAUGACCAUCCCCGCGCUGCGAGACUUUAUCCUCAAGCAAGGCCCCAGCCGCAACGUGGUGACCAUGGACUGGACCAACUUCUGGGCCAGCAACAAGAAGGAGAUCGACCCCAUCGCGCCGCGCCACACCGCCAUCCUGCAAAAGGACGCCGUCAAGGUCACCAUCACCGGGGCCGAAGCCCCCGCCGAGCCCUUCUCGACCGACCGCCCCCGCCACCCGAAGAACAAAGACGUCGGCACGAAGAAGGUCGUCUUCGCCUCCGAGCUCCUCCUCGACCAAGCCGACGCCAAGAGCUUCAAGGACGGCGAGGAAAUCACCCUCAUGGCCUGGGGCAACGCCUUCGUCAAGCAGAUUGCGGCUGGCGACCCGAUCCCGACCCUCAGCGCCGAGCUCAACCUGCAAGGCGACGUCAAGAAGACGGAGAAGAAGGUCACGUGGCUCGCGACGCAGGGCCAGACUCUGGUGCCUGCCGAGCUAUGGGACUUUGACUACCUCAUUACUAAAGAUAUCCUGCAGGAGGAGGACACGCUAGAGGACUACUUGACGCCGGUGACGGAGACGCUGGAGGAUGCGUGGUGUGAUGAGGCGGCGGCGCAGCUCAAGAAGGAUGAUAUUAUUCAGCUGGAGCGGAGAGGUUAUUACCGCGUGGAUAAGGGGUUGGGUGACUGGAAGGAGGGUGAGGAGGGGCCGAAGGGGAAGAGGCUGGUGUUGUUCUGUAUCCCGACGGGUAAGACGGGGCCGAAAUAG